AUGGAUGAAUGCCCACUAUCACUCCCUGGAAAUUCACCUUCUAUGCCAAAUGUACAAGCCCCUCAAUCCCAAUAUGAUUCUAUUGAGGCUGAUGGCCAAUCUGAAAUUGUUAAUGUUCCAAUUGAUGUGGAGGAUGACGAGGAUGACGAAGAUUACAAUUUGCGUGAUUUUUCUGAAUCUGAUGAUGAUAUAAUUGAAGAUUUUGGUAUGGAGGAUGAUGGAAUCAAUAGAGCAAUUGGAGGCAAGCAGCUUGAGGGAGUUUGGAAUGGUGAAGGAGAUUCAGAUCAUGGGGAUAGUGAUGAGUUAAGGAGUGCAGAAGGGUCAUCUGAUGAUGAAGGGAAUUCAAGGCCUAGGUUCCCUGAGUUUAACCAGCGCAUUGGCAUGGAGAAUGUACAGCUAGUGAAGGAUCAAAAAUUUGCAUCACAUGUCAUCUUCAAGGAGGCACUAAAGGAGUGGUGUAUUAAAGAAAAACAUGAUUUUGAGUAUAAGCACAAUGAUAAGUGGAGAGUGAUAGCUGUAUGUAAAAAAAAAUGUGGUUGGAAGAUACAUGCAUCCCAAACACAAAUGGGAGAUGCCUUUCAAAUCAAAAGUUUUAAAAGCAUUCAUACGUGUGGCAAGGAUCAUAAGAAUAGUAAGAUUUCUUCAAGGUGGCUAGCCAAUAAAUAUUUGCCAUUCUUUAGAGAUGAUCAUACUUGGAUAGCAAAUGCAUUGAAGGGUGCAGUGUUUAGGGGCCAUGAAGUUGAUGUGACUUUGGACCAAUGUUAUAAGGCUAAGAGAAUGGCAUUCAAGAUGAUACAUGGUGCUGAGGAGAAGCAGUAUGAGAGACUUUGGGACUAUGCAGCUGCUAUUAGGAAGUGGAAUGUGGGUAGCACAGUGAAGAUACAAACUGCGAAUGAUGUGUUUGAGAGAAUGUAUAUUUGUCUUGAUGCUUGCAAAAGGGGAUUUUUAGCAGGUUGUAGGCCACUUAUUGGGAUAGAUGGUUGUCAUUUGAAGGGGACAACAGGUGGACAGUUGCUGGUUGCUAUUGGAAAGGAUGGGAAUGAUAAUAUCUUCCCAAUCGCUUUUGCUAUCGUUGAAAUUGAGAAUAAAAGCUCUUGGACCUGGUUUCUACAAUGCUUGUUGGAUGACAUUGGACAUGUGGAUGAGAAUGGAUGGGGAUUAGUAGAGACCUUUAAAGAUUUGAUGCCUAAUGCAGAGCACAGAUUUUGUGUUAGGCAUUUAUAUGCAAAUUUCAAGAAGGAUUUUCCUGGGAAGGUACUCAAAGAUGCAAUGUGGAGUGCUGCUAGGGCAACAACAAAGAAUUCUUUUGACUUCCACAUGGAUGAGUUGAAGAAGCUAGAUGUGAAGGCAUAUGAGUGGCUUGUGAAGUUAGAUGUGAGAACAUGGAGCAGACAUGCUUUUAAUCCAAGAAGCAAGAGUGACACUCUAGUAAACAAUAUAGCAGAGUCUUUCAAUGCUUGGAUUUUGGAGGCUAGGGAUAAACCAGUGUUGACAAUGAUGGAGAUCAUAAGAGUGAUGUUGAUGCAAAGGUUGCAAACCAAAAGAGAUCAUAUGAGAAGGUAUGAAGGGAGGGUUUGUCCAAGAAUCUAUAAGAAGCUUGAGAGGAUAAAAAGCGAGGUUGGACAUUGCAUUUCUCGUUGGAAUGGAGAGUCCAAAUAUGAGGUGGAGUAUAUUUAUGGUGGAAGAUAUGUGGUGGACUUGAAUGAGAGGACUUGUGGUUGUGGGAGAUGGGGAUUGAGUGGAAUCCAUUGUUUUCAUGCUGCUGCUGCAAUAAUUGAGCAUGGAGAGCAACUUGAGACUUAUGUAGACAUUGCUUACACUAAGGAGACAUUCCUAAGUUGUUACCAAUGGAUGGUAAGCCCACUUCCAAGCCAUGAACAGUGGCCAAAGACACCCUAUGACCGAAUCAAGCCCCCAAAAUUUACAAAGAAAGUAGGCAAGCGUAAGAAGGUAAGAAAGAGGGAGGCAAGAGAACCUAUUAAUGCAUUUAGGGUGAGCAAGAAAGGAACUGCCAUGAAAUGUGGGAAUUGUUUCCAGUGGGGCCAUAAUCAAAGAACUUGUAAAGCUCCUGAUAACCCCAACAAGAAGGCUUAUAAAAAGAAAAAGAAAGGGCAAUUAGGACAAUCAUCUACAUCUGGAGCUAAAGGGAGUAAAAAAUUAUUGGGUACUCAGCAAUCAAAUAUAGGUACUCAACAGUCCAGUCAAAGUCAUACAAAGGACAACACUAGUGGAAGCAAGGAUAAGGGAAAGGCUAAGGUUUAG